UUGAUCUACAGUGUAUUCAAGAUGGCGGACAACAUGAAAUCUCCUACCAUUUUGCCUAAAUCUGAUGGUGCAAGUGAAGUGACCACAACACAAGGACUGUAUGGAGUUCCAGACAGAUUGAGAACAGGGCUUUCAAAUGUCAAAGAUCAAAUAAAAGAUUCUCAUCCUUUGGAAUUUACAGAAAUGAAUUAUACCAAGAAUCAGCAAGCAUUAGAUAUGAGAAUGCUACGAAACACCCAAGGUCUUCAUGCACCAUUAAGACUACAAAUGGAGUGCGCUGUCACAUCAAAGAUCCAAAGACUUCCCUGUCUGCCCAGCUCAAUGAUUGCUUUAGAUACCCUCAUGGGAUCUGAUGACUCAAUAGGAUUUGAGGAUAUUCUUGGAGCACCUGGUGAUUUGGAAACUAUGGGUGAUAUCCACAGUAUUAUGGAAAGAAAACAUGGAUUUUAACCCAUCUUUACUACAAUGUUCUGUAUUUAUGACCUUGUMAAUCGUAUAGUUGUAGUCUUAUAAUGUCUUAAUAAAUGUUAGUUCAUAGAAAUUACCGGAAAUAAUAAUAAAACUUGUGAACCAAA